CUUCGAAUUUCAAACCACUAUCACAAUGGACAAGCUUCGCGAAAAGAUGAACCUGUUCAAGGAGCAGAUUGAGAAGCUCACCGACGAUCUGGAGGCUUCGGAGUCUGCCAACAAGCAGCUCAUCGACCAGCAGACCGAGCGCGAGCAGGAGUUCAUCUCGUACCAGAACCGCAUUUCCGUCCUCGAGGAGGAGCUCGAGCGGAAGGAGGCCCAGCUCGAGGAGGCCAAGCAGCUCCAGAAGGACAGCGAGGCGUCGCUGAACCAGGGCGAUGUCAUGUCCAAGCGGGUCGACAUUUUGGAGGAGAAGCUGGAGGAGGCUGAGACCCAGCUCCGUGCGGCCCUGGAGGAGAACCGCAACCUUGAUCUUACCGUCGAGAGCCUGCAGCGCCGGAUCACCCAGAACGAGAAGGACGCCGAGAUUGCCGAGACCAAGUACGAGGAGCUCAACGAGAAGUACCUUGCCGUCAAGGCGGAUCUCGACGAGACCAUCAAGACCCUGGAGGAGCUGUAAAUUGUGCACUCCGUCGAUUUGUCUGUCAACAGUCCAUAGUCCAUAGCCCUUUGUUUUCAUAUUUACGCAAAGGGACACUGAAAAAAUCCAUAUAUCCACACUGGGCCAUAAGCUGGCGACGGAGGAUCCCAAAUGCCAAAAUAACCGAGUAGCGGCCCGCCCGCAUGUAAAAAAUAUAGACGAGUCCCCGCGGGACUAUUCAGAUAAUCUUUCCUACCCACACCAAAACAGAAACGAAACGUAAACAGUCUUUGCAAUGGCGGCAGGGUUCUCGGACACAAACAUCGCCGAGCUCGAGACGCUGCGCGGGCAGCUGCAGCAGCUCCAAGA